AUGAGUCCAAAUACUAAAGGCACUGCCAACUCGGCCGAAGAUGAGGCACCACCUCCAUACGAAGAAGCAGUCAAGACUGGGAUCCCAGUACAACAACCAUCUACAGGAACUAGUUCAAUCUCAACAUCUCGCCCCGCGGCACCUCGUCCGCAACAGUAUUUCCAUACAAACACGCAAUCACACACGCUGUCGCACACACAAUCACACUCGUUGCAUUCAUACAACCAUUCACCUGCGCCUGCGCCUCCUCGUCCAGGAACAAGUUCAGGGUCGAGCUCAAUUGCAUCUGGUCUUCCAUUCAAAUACCCCAAGGGGUUUCAUUGUCGGAAAUGCAACAAUACCGGCUACAAGCUCAAAAACGGCAAGACAUGUAAAGAUUGCUGGGAAAGAUUCAGUCCCCGAAACACCAGCAAUUCCGUCAAUUACAAUUUCCAACCACAAUACUUUGGAUCCACGACAUUUAUCCCUUACGGCAGUGCACCUGUACCCAACCCACAUCCAGGGGGGAGAGCUGGUGGCAGCGGGAGCUUUUUCAGCACAGCUUCUACGGUUCCGUUGCGUGUUCCACCAGGUGAUCCGAGGUUAGGUGGUGUGCUUUGUGGUCGAUGUAGAGGUUCAGGAAUGGUUCGGUUUUUGUUGGAUAUGGAAUUGUGUCCUGUUUGCUCUGGGUUGGGCAGAGUGGUCAAUGUUCCUGCUAUGCCGCAUCCGCCACCCCCGCCACAACAACAAGCUUAUAACCAUUAUUAUGGAGAUCGAAAGAGGUAA